AUGGCGAACCAAAACCGGAACCAGAAUCAGAAUCAAAAUCAAAAUCAGAACCAGAAUCAAAAUCAGAACCAGAAUCAGAACGUCAACAGAAAUCAAAACCACGAUCCUCACCAGAAUGCAGCCACGGAGGAGGAAUUCAACCUGAGGGAGACUAGGCCCAGCCUCGGCGGCGGGAGAGUCGCCGGAAACGAUCGCGUCGGCACCGCCUUCGACCUGGUGGAGCAGAUGGACUAUCUCUACGUCCGAAUUGUCAAGUCGAAGGAGCUUCCGGGAAACCCCGAUCCUUACGUCGAAUUGAACCUCGGAGGGCUCAAAUCCUCCACCCGGUAUAUCCAGAAAUCAUCCAAUCCGGAAUGGAAUCAGGUAUUUUCGAUAUCGAAAGAUCAAAUUAAUGCCCCACACAUCGAGAUUUGUGUCAAGGACAAGAGCAGGGGCGGCGGCGAUGGUUUAAUUGGCAUGAUUUUGCUCGACGGCGUUGAUGUUCCACGAAGGGUGCCGCCGGAUAGCCCCUUGGCGCCGGAGUGGUACCGGCUGGAGAAUCAGAGGGGCGAGAGGGUCCCUGGUGAACUAAUGUUUGCGAUUUGGAUGGGGACGCAGGCCGAUGAGGCGUUUCCCGAAGCUUGGCAUUUGGAUGCCGUGAGUGUUAACGGCGAAGGCGUCAAUGGAAUUAGGUCGAAGGUUUAUUUAUCCCCUCGCCUUUGGUAUCUUAGGGUUAAUGUGAUUGAGGCGCAGGAAUUACAGAUUGCUGAUAAGAAUCGGCAGCAGCCGGAGAUCCUUGUGAGAGUUUCACAUGGGGAAAGUGUUUUGAGGACUAAGAUUUCUCAGAGUAGGAAUGUGAAUCCUCUGUGGAAUGAGGAUUUGAUGUUCACUGUGUCGGAGCCGUUUGAGGAUCAGUUGGUUUUGUGUGUGGAGGAGAGGAUAGGGAACAAGAAGGAUGAAUUGGGGCAGUGUGUGAUCCCUUUAAAUGGUGUGGAGAAGCGGAUCGAUUUCAAGCCUCCCGGAAGCAGGUGGUACAAUCUUGAGAAGCCUAAUGCUGGAGGGAAUGGGCAGAGGAACGCGAGUAGGUUAAACAGCAGGAUUCAUCUGAGGAUCUGUUUCGAUGGGGGUUAUCAUGUUCUUGAUGAAUUGACUCAUUACAGCAGUGAUCUUCGUGCCACGGCUAGGCAGCUUUGGAAGCCUGCGGUUGGGGUGCUGGAGUUAGGCAUCUUGAAUGCUCAGAAUCUUGCUGCAAUGAAGUCAAAAGACGGGAGGGGAUUCACGGAUGCUUAUUGCGUGGCCAAGUAUGGGCAGAAGUGGAUCAGAACGAGAACGAUCCUCAACAGUUUCAAUCCCAAGUGGAACGAGCAGUACACGUGGGAAGUGUACGACCCGUGCACUGUCAUCACAGUCGGAGUCUUUGACAACUGCCACUUGCAAGGAGUGAACGCGGGUGGAAAGGAUUCAAGAAUCGGGAAGGUGAGGAUUCGCCUCUCCACUCUCGAGACAGGUCGUGUCUACACGCAUUCGUAUCCACUCAUAGUGCUUUCACCUUCUGGAGUGAAGAAAAUGGGUGAAAUUCAGUUGGCUGUAAGGUUCUCUUGUGCAUCUCUGAUCAAUGUGUUACAGCUUUACACGCAGCCGCUGCUGCCGAGCCUUCACUACCUCCAGCCCCUCAGCUGCCAGCAGGUUGAGGUUCUGAGGUAUCAGGCUACUCAGAUUGUGUCAACGAGGCUGAGCCGGGCUGAGCCACCGUUGAGAAAAGAGGUGGUGGAGUACAUGCUCGAUGUCGGAUCAAACAUGUGGAGCAUGAGACGAAGCAGAGCCAAUCAUUUCAGAAUGGCAGGGAUCCUCUCUGUGGUUGCCAAAAUGCUGAAAUGGUUCGAACAGAUAAGCAGUUGGAAGAGUCCAUUGAUGACAGUUUUAGUCCACGUUGUGUUCUUGGUAUUCGUAUGCUUCCCUUGGUUGAUCUUGAGCACUGUGUUUCUGUACCUUUUCUUGAUCGGGACGUGGAAUUACCGGGGGCGGCCUCGCAACCCUCCACACAUGGAUGUGAAACUGUCUAAAGCUGACAUGGCCCUGAACGACGAAUUGGACGAGGAGUUCGACACAUUCCCGACGUCUGUGAAGCAAAUGGAGGUCUUGAAAUCGAGAUACGAUAGGCUGAGAUCGCUUGCUUCGAGGGUGCAGACGGUUCUUGGGGACAUGGCGACGCAAGGGGAGAGGUUCUACAAUCUGCUGAGCUGGAGGGAUCCGAGGGCGACUGCACUGUUUCUCAUAUUCUGCUUGGUUGCCACUGUGGUGCUCUACAUAACUCCCCUCAAAGUUGUGGUGAUUGUGGUGGGAUUCUACUCGAUGAGGCACCCCAGGUUUCGUGACAGGCUUCCGUCGUUUCCCAUGAACUUUUUAAGGAGGUUGCCUGCAAAAACAGAUGGUCUGUUGUGAGUUACUGUGAUUGGAGUUGGGAGUUGGUUUUUGGUUUGAUGCAGCAGUUUUUGGGUUGUGUAGU